CGUGUCCCACCCAAACCCCACCGGUGGGAAACACCAUCCAGAGGAGGCGGCCGGUUCCAUUCAGGCGGGGGGCGGCCCCUACCCGACUCACAGAGGCGGAGGGCGCACGGCGGCGGGCCCGGGCCGGGACAAGGGACGAAAAAAGGAGCCCCCCCCCCACCCCAGAAUGGCCAGCAGUCCUGGAAGUAAUGCAUCCCUUUCCUGUGAGAAAACCAUACUCUCAGAAAGUUCUCAAGCAAAGAAAUCACAGUAUUCUGAAGAGGAGACCUUUUAUAUGAACUGCAGAGCAGCCUACCUAGCUGUUUUUAACAGCAGCUUAGAAAAUAUUAAAUCAAAAGAACAACUCUGUUUAGUGCUUCAACAGGCUGGAAGAAAUCCAUCUCAGAAGACGGUUAAUCAGUACUGGACUCCCCAGACCACCACACUGAAUUUUGAUGAUUUUUGUAAUAUCUUAAAAAAAGAAAAACCAGCUACAAAAACAGAACUGCUCAAAGCAUUUUUAAAAGUAGAUACAAAUAAUGAUGGAUAUAUUUUGCACACUGAACUUCAUAAAAUUCUGACAAUGAGAGGUGAGAAGAUGACUGCAGAGGAAGUGAAUGCCAUCACUAAAUUGGCUGAUGUAAACAGCAAUGGCAAGCUUGAUUACAACAAGUUUUGUAAAUUAUAUAUGACAACCAAUGAGCAAUGUCGUAAGACUGCACUAGAGAAACUAGAAGUUGACAGUAGACUGAGGCGUCAGCAAUUUGGAAGUCAAGUUGAAACCUCCUCUGAAAGAGCAACAUCACCAACAUCAAAACCAUCGUCAAGGACCACAAGGAAAACUGAUCACAAGCCAGCACCAAAGAGAGGUAUUUACUUUUCAUGCAGGGAAGCUCCAUUCCAGGACUCAGGGCCCAUUCUCCCAAGUGAAUCAGCAGGUGACAACAGAACUUCUUCAAGGCCUUCAUCAGCCCAAAGUUGCAAGGCAUCCGUUUCUUCCACUAUCGGCAUGGGCACCAGCAGUAACACAAAUUCAGAGCUAAUUGAGCCAAACACAGUAAAGGAUUGGCAGUGUGCACAGUCCAAAGGAUGCUUCUUCUUAGAGGAAGAUGGUGAAAUCAUUACUCAUAAAUAUAGGUUGUACUUACCUCAAAGGUCAACAAUAUAUAUCACCAUUAAACCUUUAAACCUUAGCCAGUUAGAAGGAAAAGCUUCUCCAUGGUUAUCAGUGGACACAGCUUUGUAUGUUCUCAAGGAAAAUGAAAGCCAAGAAAACCUACAGCUUGUGAGCUUUACUGAAGCACAAAAUAAAGAGAUGUUUAUGUGGAAAGGUGAACUGGGAUCUGGUAUUUACUGGCUAAUUCCAUUCACAACUGGCUGUAAGCUCAAGAAGAUAAAAAAGCAUAUUACUGGAGAAGCCAAACUGGUUUAUAGAGAUGGAGAUGGAGAGCUGGCCCUUACCAAAGAGUUCAAAGCAGCUUUAUCAGACAUAUUUGAAAUGAUUGAUUUAGAUGGAAAUGGCCUUCUGAGCCUGGAAGAAUACAAUUUCUUUGAACUGAGGACUAGUGGUGAGAAAUGUGAUGAGGAAGCCUGGGCUGUAUGCAAGGAGAAUUUUGACACAAAGAAGAAUGAGCUAACAAGACAGGGAUUUAUGGAUUUGAAUCUCAUGGAGGCCAAUGACCGUGAAGGGGAUCCUAGUGAUCUUUGGGUCACUUUACUGUCACUGGGCUACAAUAAAGCACUGGAAAUGACAGAGGCAUGCCCCUUUGUCAUUGACAUCUAUGCUGAAAAAUGCAAACCCAGAAUUAAAGCUGUUUAUCUGGAGGCAGGCAGCAGGCAACUUAACAGGGCAAUUUGCAAGUCUGUUGUUAACAAAGGAGAUGCCAAAGUACUGGAUAGUGGUGGAAGUAUAAUUGUCUAUACCUACAAAAGUGAUACACGGAUCACUUCUGUUAUUGAAAAUAAGUCUGAAAACAAAGUGAUUAUUCAUGUCAACAAUGAGCAGAGUAAGAACUGUGUAAAUAACAGGGGACUCAAUAUUUUUGCUGUUGAAGUGGCACCAAAAUCCAUGAUGGUUUGUCAGCAUGUGAUGCCUUUGAAAGAGCAAGAAGAAUGGAUAUAUAAUUGUGUGCAUUCUCUUGUACCUUAAACACCAUGUUUAGAAAACAGUCCACUCUUGGAGCUACUAAAACAAGAACUAAAUCAGGAUUGUCCUGUGAUUAAUAGAUAAAUUGAUUUAUCUUGUCCACUUCAAAA